GGCGUGAGGACCCUCCUGGCCCCCUCCGUUGGGUCUCCUGCGGGAGGAGGAGGUCCGGAUCCUGUGCGCCUGUUGCGCUUGGCGGUCCGGAUUCCGGAGCAAAAAGUCGAGCUGCGUCCCCCUCCUCCCCGGACCUCGGGAGACGCCAGAUUGCGGGAGGUCGCUGUGGAACCGCAGCGCAUCGCGGAAAGGAGUUGCGAUGACUUCUCUGUGGAGCAGCAACCCCCUCCCCCCCCAGGAAGGGCCAGGUUAAGAAGCCCCGGGGGGGGUUGCCCCCCCCCCCACGACUCCGCAACUCCACCGACGAGGUUGUCGUGGGGAGGAGCUAGUGGCCGGUCUCGGAGAGGCUCCCGGGAUCAGGCCCAGGUGCUUCCUGCCGGCGGCGAGACUCACACCGAAGCCAAUGUGGGGCUUCCUGCUGCUGCUGCUGCUGGGCCUGUCCCCGCCGCCGGGCUCGCCCAUGCCCCCGCCCCCCGCCCAGAAUGAGUCCGGGCCGGACCCGCAGAGCCCCGGCCCCUCCCCCGGCCCUCCGGCGACCUCCCCCCUGCUGCCCAGCCACAGCGAAGCCCCCGCCUUGCGCCUGAACCUGGGGCUCAACGUCCAGGUGAAGGUGCGCAGCCAGGGGAAGGGGCAGCCCCCCGAAGGGCCCGGGAGAGCCGCCACCAGGCCGCCCCCGCCCCGCGGCCAGCCGGACGCCUCCGCUCAGUCCCCAGCCGGGGCCGCGGGAAGCUCCGCGGGCGCCGGGCCGGCUGAAGAGCCGCUCGCUGGUCCCACGGCCGGCGCGAGCAAUGGCUCCUCCUCGCCACGCGCCCCUGCGGCUCCCCGGCCCUCCGCGACCCCCCUCCGGCCACGGGAGCACAGCAGCGAGCUCGAGUUCCAGGUGGACAUCGGCCUGAGCGCCGGGCUGGGCCAGGAGCCGGGCGCGGGGCUCGGCGGCGGCGGCGGCGGCAGUCUCCUCCCUGUCCUGGCCGACGCCUUGGGGAUGGCCGGCCAAGGAGGGGGGCCCGGUCUGUUUGGCUUCACUCUGCCUCCUGAGCUGUGGAAGCCCCCAGAGUGGAAUGUCACGGGAAGCCCCGAGGAAGAACCCGAGGACCUCCUCUCCACUGCUGAAGGGACCCCGGAGCCAGGACCAUCGGAGUCCAGUGGCAGCCCCACAGCCCCGCCGGGCAGUGAGGAGGCAUUCGUGGCGCUGCCCGCCUGCCUGCCCGACCGGCCCGACACCUGCGGCUCCCCUCGGCCAGAACCCGGCACACCCCAGCUGCUGCCUGGUGGGCCCCUCUUUGUGCCCCUGCACUCGGACUGGAUGGCGGCGCUGGCUGCAUGGGGGCCAGCCUGGGAAGGUCAUGUCUACGGUGCUGGCACCCUCUUCGCCCUGCUGGCAGCACUGGCCCUGCUGGCCCUGCUGGCUCUGCCCUGCCGCCGCCGCCUGGCUGCCCCCGAGGGCCGCCUACUGGGCCUGCUUCACCUGCUGCUACUGGGGGCUGGCAGUGCCCGGGCCGGGCUACUCUUUGGCCAGGCUGACGGGCGGCAUCCGGAGCGGCUCCCUGCGCUGGCGGUGCGGCUGUUGCGUGACCUUCCGCUGCCCUGCCUGACCUCGGCUCUGGCCGCUGCCCUGCUGCUGCUCUUGCGGCGCCCGCGGUCCAAGCUCUCAGCACACCCUGGCCUCCGCCCACCCUGCCUUCUGGCCCUGCUGCUGUUGGGUCACUUCUCAGCAGCUGCAGGCGCCGUCUUGGCUGCCGAGCGGCUGCCAGUGCUGCUGCUGGCCUCGCGGGGGCUCUUUGCACUCCUGGCUGCGCUGCUUUCGGCCACCCUGCUGGGCUGCUCCUGCUUGGUGCGGGGGGAAGUGGCCCAGAUCUACGACCUCCGGAAUGCCCCGCCGCUGCCAGCCUGCCAGGGCUCCUUUGCCAGCGGCCGCCGGUGGAGCCGCGCUGCCCGCGCCGCCUCACCUGCCGCUGCCUUCGGGCUGCUGAGUGCCGGCCUUCACACCUACUCAGUGCUGCACGUGCUGGGCUACGGGCUUAGCCCGGCACUCUUUGGGCCCUGGCCCUGGUGGGCACUGCAGCUCUCGUGCCGGCUGUGUGAGGCAGGCGUGGGGCUGCCACUGGCCGCCUUUGGCCUCUACCUCACCUGCGGCUGCUCUGCCACUGCCUGCUGCCGCCGCCUGGCCUUCCAUUCAGGCCAGGCCGCUGCCAAAGCCCCAGUGCUGCCCAGCAGCCUCCACUGGGCGCUGUCCCAGCAUGAGAAACUGGCUGUGUGCGGCGACACGGUGGUCCGCAGCCAGUCUGACUACCUCCCGCUGUGCGCUGUGCCCACAGAGGGGCCCCUUGAUGCCCGCUGCGCUGCGCCCACCUGGUCGGUCCUCAGCCUGGCUGUGGAGGCAACGGAUCCCACCGCCGACUUCCAGCCGCCCUCGCCCAUCGACCUGCGCCGUAGCAUCGACGAGGCACUGUCCAGCGAAGGGCUCCUCCAGGGUAGCGGUGCCUUCUCCGCCUCCAGCAUCCUCUCACUGGUCUCGCCCACCGAGCACCACCUGCCCCACGCCGUUUCCUGCCUGGAGCUGGCCCUGGUUCAGCCGCAGGACGACGGGGUGGCUGCUCUGCAACCCCAUGGGGCCGCCACCUGGCCCUCCUCCCUCUCCAGCCCCAGCAGGAGUGCUGCGGGGCCUUCCCCAAGCCAUGCAGGCUCGCUCCCAGCUUCUCCGGCUGCCAGAGACCCACCCGGAGGCCCGCCUGAGCACUACCAGGAGUCCCUGGCCUCGGUGGGGCAGCUCAGAGAGGAUGCAUCCUGCAUACAGGAGCCGGUGGAUGUUAGCCGGCAGGCCGAUGCUGUCAGUGUUGGCAGCGACACCAUAGAUUUAUAACCCCCUGGAACCCCCAGGAUGGACGCCUGCCCCAGCCUCGGAUCUGAGCUCACUGUGGGUCUGCUACGGGUGGGUGCCCAGCUUGUGAGGGACAGAUAGGCAGGGGUCUCUGGCCAAGCGGGAGGCGCACUUUGCCUCUUCCCACAUCAUUCUGCCUCUGCACAAAGGGCCGGUUUCUAAAACUCACCGAGCUACUCCCUGUGCAAACACAGAUGCUGGGUCUUCAGCGGACUCACUUAAGCGUGUUGUGGGAACAGAAGCAACGGGUCGGGGUUCUGCCGUUGCACAGCCACCCCCUCCCCUCCUGCUAGCGAAAAGGGUUGCCCCUUCCCCAUCCCCUCCUUGCUGGGGGCCAGCCAAGGUCGCACUGAAAUGACCCCCCCCUUCCCAAUCUUCAAAGCCAGCAAAAAGAGCGGGUGACUCUGUUCUUUGGAGGGUGGGGGGAGAAAAUCCAAAUCCUCCCUCCUUCCCCAGAAGGGAACCGAAGCUCUGGAAUUUUAAUAAAAGGAUUUUAUGGA